UGCUUUGAUCGGCUGCACGAGAUUUCCUCCUCUUUUGUCUGUGAGGAGAAAACCGAGAUAUCAUACAGCUAUGAUUUUUAAACUAAUGAGACACUCAAAGACCUUUUAAAUCUGAUGCAUCUGUUUCUUUUUUUUUUCUUCCCUCAGAAUCAGCAGCCGACGAAUACACAAAAUAACCUGUCAUACAAUACAGCCUGAGUAUAUAUGUGUGUACUUUAUGUGUGUUUGCAUAUGGGCGGAGCUCAGUCAGCUGCAGGGCUGCAGCAGCUGUUUGGACCGGACCGAACCAGAUGCCAGAUGACACAGAAGAACCCCUUUCAGUGUGGUACUUGUGCUUCUGUUUCAGUGUUUUUUUUAAAUGGGUCUGUUGCGUUGUCGCUCUCAUAUAAGGACCAGACAAGCACAAACGCACAAACGUUCAAAGAAUCCUCUCUUUGGUUUAAACACAGGAGCAGAGAGCUUUUUACAACAAUAAAGCCGAACAAGGUCAAAGAGAUUGUGUGUUAAUUAUGAUUGACGGGCGAUAUAAAUCAAUGUCUAACAAUCAUGAAAAGGCUAUGAUCCCAGUUCCAUGCGGUAUAGGACUCAACUUUGCCGCCAUUGGCCUCGACAUCUUUGAAAAUGGAAAAACCUGCUCAGUUACAAAUAGCAGAGUUUUAAUAAAAGGACUAAUAAUCACAAAGGGUGUUAAUGCUGAGGUAAUAGAGCCCAACACAGCUUCACACAGGCCGCUACCUGUGGAAAACACCAGGAGAACAAUGACAAUGUCACUGAGCAUCAGGUUUUAAAGUUACAACCCCCGAUUGAGGCUAUAUAACCUUAAACCCACAAACAGAAGGUCAUGGGGGAGGAAAUGUCCUUGCUUACUCAUGUGCACUGAAGCGUCCCUUUCAAGGUAAAUAUUCUUCUCCCAACACAAAAUAGGUCUUUGUUGUUUGCCCAGAGGUAAAGAGGCAGAAAAGUGAGGAGGAUCUGAACUGGUUUCCAUGUCAAACACUUCAAUUCACCAUAGAAACUCAGAUCUUAACGCGGAAACUUUAUUAAACUGUGAUGGUGGAUUGAUAAGGGCCCAAUUUCUAUCAGCCUCUUUUUAUUGUGGGCACCAGGCGGGCUGACAGAGGUAAAUUGCUCUUUUAAUUAAAGCAAUGCAGCAGGGGAAAUUGCUGUCUGAAUAUUGUCUCAGAGAUGGGGGCCAGUGACAGUUGCCUGGAAACUUCAAUCUGUCCACCCGCAUUUAUUCCAGAUCCCAGUUAUGAGAUAAAGUUUAAUAAAAAUCUUUUCCUCCGCCACGAAACGAAAUGAAAUCCAACCCAUUCUGAACCAGCGAACACAAUGAGACAGGACGGCGGAGGAAGCCUCAUGUUCAACAUGUAUCUCUCAGAUCCAACAGAUUCUCUGUUGAAGGAAAGCAAAGGAACAUCUUGGGGUCCACUAAACACAGGAGUACAGAAAGGCAGCGGGCAGAUCCAGCUGUGGCAGUUCCUGCUGGAGCUCCUCUCCGACAGCGCCAACAUGUCGUGCAUCGCCUGGGAGGGCACCAACGGCGAGUUCAAGCUCAUCGACCCGGACGAGGUGGCGCGGCGCUGGGGGGAGCGCAAGAGCAAACCCAACAUGAACUACGACAAGCUGAGCCGCGCGCUGCGCUACUACUACGACAAGAACAUCAUGACCAAGGUGCACGGCAAGCGCUACGCCUACAAGUUCGACUUCCACGGGCUGGCGCAGGUGUGCCAGCCGUCCACCACGGAGCAGGCCAUCUACAAGUUCCAGGGGAACUUCUCCCCGAUCCCCUUCGCCGGGAUUUCCAAACUGAACCUGGUGGGUCCCGGGGUGGGGCCGCCGGGCUUCUCCUACUGGCCCGGCACCCCACCGUCGGCCCUGUAUCACACCCACAACCUCCAGCCGCCGGGGCCCUUCGGCACCGUGUCCCCGUCCCACAUCGGCUGCGUGAACAGCAUCAACAGCCUGACCAGCAUCAACGGCCACUACAACUGACUGUGGAGAAAUGACCGACAAACACCGUAAAAACGGCAACGAACGAAGAGAGGCGACAGCGGCGAAUGAUGCAUUCGUUUGGUUAGGAUUUAACCCCCCCCCCCCCCCCCGAAAUGUAACGACAGAUUUAACAGCAUUAAUGUUAACGUGUAAUUGCGAGAAGGCCUCAGACUUGUACAUAAACAAACAAAAUAGGAUUUAGGCCUUUAGCCCCAUUUAACCUUUAAACCAAGACAUCGUGUCUCAUUGAAAUGACGCACGGCGCGUGGCACCCUCUUUAAACUCAACUCGGAAAUAGCGAGAGCGUUUCUUUUCUCCUCGAAACGAACAAUGUCGAAAAUGAUUCUAAAUAUAAGGUAAUUAAAUAGAGACUGUGUUUUUAUACCCAUGUGUUUUCCUCCUGUCCUUUGCUCGUUUUUACAUACAGGUGGGUGUAUUCGCUGCAACGUGUUUCUGGACGACUGGCGCCCCCUGGUGGUCGUAGAACGGCCUGAUCGGGCGUUUGUGAUUGUUUUUAUUCCUUUUUCUGAGCCAUCACCACCUGAAACAUAUACACCACUGCACUCACAGUUUACCUAAACGUCCUAUUAUAAGAAAGUAAAACUUGCAAUAAAAAUAAACCAGUGCAGAAACACAGUCGUCGUUUGUGUAAAUAAACUCUUGAGACGAACGAGAGAAACUGACUUUGUGAAACCUGUAAAUAUUGUGUAUGCUGUUGUAGAGGCAGGCUCAGGCUCUUGCUGCUUUUAAGUGAUUUGGGAUUGGAUUACACUGCGUUCGUUCACACGGCUUCCUGCUGUAGGCAAAACCACCAAACCAAUACAAAACCCAUGAAAUAAAUAAAAGGUUUUAAAUACAUCUGUGCUCACAAACCACCUGCAUUGUUCUGUGUGUCUCACGUGUUUCCACAAAAUGUGUGUGCUCGUGCUUAUUUGAAUGUUAAUAAAUAAACUGAGGGUUUUUAUGAUGAAAAGUGGUUACACGGAAAGAUUAGAAUGAAAGUUGAAGCAAGCCGUCGAUUUGUCAGCAGAGUCGGCCCACAAUACUAUAAUACUCUUAUUUUAA